CCGCCGGACGGGCGGCCAUGGCGGCGCCCGCGCUGCCCACGCCGCGGUACGGGCACCUGGGCCCGCGGGGGCCCUUCCGCGACGUGUACGAGCCGGCCGAGGACACCUUCCUGCUGCUGGAUGCGCUGGAGCAGGACGCGGGCCGCCUGCGGGAGGCUCGAGUUGCGAUCUGCCUUGAAAUAGGAUCUGGAUCUGGUGUGGUUUCAACAUUUCUAGCUUCUUCCAUUCUUGGAUCCAGUGCACUGUACAUAUGUACAGAUAUCAACCCCAUGGCAGCUUACUGUACACAGGAGACAGCUCGGCUGAACAAUGUUCACCUUCAGCCAGUCAUUACUGACUUGGUCAAAGGAUUGUCUCCAAGAUUAAAUGGGAAGGUUGAUCUACUGCUGUUUAAUCCACCAUAUGUGGUAACACCUUCUGAAGAGGUGAAAGGCCAUGGAAUAGAGGUAUCCUGGGCUGGUGGCAAACAGGGCAGAGAGGUAAUGGAUAGAGUUUUCCCAUUAGUACCAGACCUACUUUCACCAGGAGGAUUAUUCUACUUGGUCACAAUUAAAGAAAAUAAUCCAGAUGAAAUUCUGGAAACAAUGAAGAAAAGUGGCUUAGAAGGCACACAAGUACUUUCCAGGCAAGCAGGACAAGAGAAGCUGACUAUCCUCAAAUUUAGGAAGUCUUGAUAAUUCCUCUUCACCUUCCAGAGGUAGUAGGCAUGCAGAAGGUUGGACACCUCAUUGUCAGCUGAACACUGAAGUUGUCAAAUUAAUUUUUACACCAAGAUUUUCACCCUCUUAGGGUGUAUUCUCACUUCCUGAUUACUGCAGUGAGACUGAUCAAGACUCUGUAUUUAUAUUUAUUCUGGAUGUGAACCAGCUAUUGCCUGCUGGCAGAGGUACUGUUAUACUCUGGCUAUCUGCAGGACAGUUGUGGGGGAACCAUAAAAUAACCUACCCUGCUGCAUUUGUACUUAAGCACCCAAGGCUUUUUCAUCUAUAAAUAGGUAUUUGUACAUUUGUCAUUGUGUCUUGUUAUAAUAAUGUACUUGAUAUAGUCCCUCCUGUUUUUAUAGCUAGUUUGUAGCUACCACUUUUGAACCAGUGGUACUCCUUUUGAUGUAGUAUCAGGCACCUUUACGGGUCUAAAGCACAAUGAGCAAGUUUGUUUCUGUCAGAAGGAAAAGGUGCACUUCUGAACAGAAAGGUGAAGUGUCUUUCCUGUGCCGGGUCCUGCCCGUGGGGCACCACAACCCCUGCAGUGCUGCAGGCUGGGGCAGAGUGGCUGGAAAGCUGCCCAGCAGAGAAGAACCUGGAGGUGCUGGUCGACAGCAGCUGAACAUGAGCCAGCCUGUGCCCAGGUGGCCAGGAGGCCCAGUGGCAUCCUGGCCUGGAUCAGCAACAGUGUGGCCAGCAGGAGCAGGGCAGUGACUGUGCCCCUGUGCCACAGCUCAAAUCCUGUGUUCGGUUUUGGGCCCCACAAUUCAGGAAGAACAUUGAGGUGCUGAAGCAUGUCUGGAGAAGGGCAACGGAGCUGGGAAAGGGUGUGGAGGACAAGUCUCAUGAGGAGCAGCUGAAGGAGCUGGAGGUGUUUAGCCUGGAGAACAGGAGGCUCAGGAGACACCUUGUCACUCUACAAGUCACUGAAAGGAGGCUGCACCCAGGUGUGGGUCGGCCUCUUCUCCCAGGUAACAAGUGACAGGAUGAGAGGAAACAGCCUCAAGUUGCGCCAGGGUUGGUUUAGAUUAGGUAUUUUUAAAAAAAAAAAUUCACACAGGGUUGUCAAGCUUUGGAAUUGGUUUCCCAGGGAAGUGUGGAGUCGCCAUCCCUGGAAAUGUUCAAAAAACAUAUGGAUAUAGCACUUGAGGACAUCGUUUAAUAGUGAACAUGGAAGUGGUGGUGGGUUGGUUGGACUUCAUGACCUUGACAGUCUUUUCAACCUUAAGAAUUCUAUGAUUAAAGGCAUGCUAUUCUUCUCCUGAAGUCUUCUGGGCAGUAACACGGUGAUUGUGCUCCCUUUUAUGCCAUUUUAUGCCAUUCAAGGAGAAUACUACUAUGGAGUAAUCUAGAUGAAGAGUAGUCAUCCAUGAAAAGGUAUUAAGGAGAUAAAAAGCAUGCUUUUAAAAAGGCUAGUUCCUGGGUAAGUGAAAACAACGACUGUAAGGAAGUAGAGACACGGAAUAAAAGUCCUUUCUCAAAAUCACUAUCCAAAAUAGGAAGGUAUUUCCUGACCAACAGACCCCAAUGCCCAAUGAAGAGCUUUCCUGUGCAGUGACCUAAAAAAAUCUCUCCAGGAGACUGAAAAAAGGAGGGUUUAGACAGGCAAAAGUGGAGGUGCUGUUAGCACAAACAUGCCUGUGCUGUAUACAAGAAAUUAUAAUUCUUGAAACUACUGAGGCUAAAAAAAAAUUGCAGUUCAUUAACCUCAGGACUUUGUUUUACCUUGUAAAUAACUUGUUAAGAGAAACUUUGUGGCCAUAUGUGAUAUAAAGUAUUUACACACUGAAAAUUUUAAGCAAAGUUUUGAUUUUGUGGUGACCAACUAGUCACUUCUGAGAAGCUAUACUGCAAUUUGCCUGCUUCCUACUUCUAUAACUUCUUUGACUUGAUAGCAGACCCUUAGCAAAGCCACACUUUUUUUUUUUUUUGCUUCAGUUUUCCCUUACAAAAGUGUUAGGAGAAGGUUUUAUGCACAGCAAUUUUGUUUUUCUGUAGAAUCGUGGGGUUUGAUGUUAUAAUCACAGGCACAGGGCUGUUUGAAUGAACAAAAAUGCUGUCACAGCCUUAGACCCCUCUAGAAGUAGAUGUAGAUAAGAUGUAGUCAAAACAUGCAAUAGAAUCAAGCUACAGGUUUAACAAAAGGCAGUUUUAAUUAAACUACCUAGAUUUUAGUUAUCACUAAAGAAUUAGUUUUAAAAUAGGUAAUCAAAGAGAAAAGAGGGCAGUCAUCUGGCACAUUAGAUCACAACACUCAACAGUGUAUAGUUUUAAGUUAUAAAGGACAGAAUAAUGAAAAUCAGAACAGAAAGUGUAAUAAAACAACAUGCUUUGAACAAAAGAAUGAUUGCACUGAACUACCUAACAACUGGCUAUUUGGAAAUGGAAAUACAGGUAUUAUCUACUUAAGUAAUUCAUGAGGCAGUUCUCCUGGCUCCAAUUUGCCUGCUGCAACUUUGGUGGAAGUACUUCUCAAAAUGCACUCCAAAUGAGAAGGCAGGUGACUUCUACCAGAGGUGAUCCCUGUUAUGCUCCCAUCAUCCUGUUGAAGACUGGGAACUAGUGACACAACAGGUAAUUUUUUUUUUAAAUUUUGAAAUUUGCCAUCUACAGAUGUAUGCAUGUACACUUAGCAUUUGUUAAGGUCUGCUAGAAGAGUUUAAUAUGGCUCUUUUCAAGCAUUACCUGGUUAACCCCAGCUGGCCUUCAAAUCAGUUACUGACCUCACAAAUAAGUUAUUUAGAAUAACCAAAGUGAUGCAACUGAGACAAUCCUCGAGGUUUAGCAUCAGUAACUGUGACACAAGAGAGCUGCUACCUACUUUGUCUUUUCAGCUAGACCUUUUUGAUACCAGUUUUAAAUCCUUUCCAUUUUCUCUUAAAAAAAAAGGUCAAGGAAUUUCUCCUCUGGAAGCCCAGUCUUACCUGUUAAAAAUAUAGACUUCAGUAAUCAAGAGAUAAAAAUCAUUUCUAGAGCUCUCACCUCAAAAGUGACCAACUUUGAGAAAACAUACAGAACCUAAAAUUUAUACUGUUAAUGCCUGAAAGUUUAUCACACAGAGGAAGAGACAGCAAUCCAGAGACUACAGAGAUUGACCCAAUUUAUUUAUUCCCCUCUUUUAUUGACUUUUCAAAGAAAACCACCACAAAUAUCAUCCAGGUUGGAAUAUAUUAGUAUGCUACCGCUGUUAAAAAAAAUAAAAGGCAUGAAAAAAAUGUAUAGUUGAAGGCUAUUAAAUUCUGAUACAUCUGUAUGCUCACUUAAGAGUCCUUAUGAUUAUAGGACAGUGGAAGUACGGUGGACAUUCAGCGAUAGCUACUUUGCCAGCUAAUGAAGAUAAACAAAGAUUGAUCAGUGUGUAUGCCUUCUCUUUAGAAACCAAUCAGCAAUAAAUAGUUGGUGUUAUUCAUUGUCAUGCAGGAA